ACAGUAAUUAACAAGCUGUUAUUAUCAAUAAUGGUUGCAUUAUGAUACGAAGCAGAUGCAGCCGUGUUGAUCUGGUUCGUCCAGUAUGCUUUCGAUUUCUGUCAGGCUGACAACUAUGGUGGAUAUCAGCCGUGGGUCCACCAUCACUUUCAGUGCGAUUGCCCCUGCAAGCAAUCACUGUGCCAAUGUUGUCUCAUGGUCAGGUCACCAGGGGCACCCAUGGGAUGUUCACAAUUACCUCGAGCCCGUGGCAAUAACGAGCAAACACGGUUUGGUGGUCGUCUCCUCUCGCGCAAUGGACCGUCUGACCACGUGCCAAGGCGCAAGCCGCUGCGGGACUGUGGCCACGUUUCCAGCCUAUGUGCCAGGCCCACGUGGCACAGUUUUGCAAAGGGGUUGGGACACGUGUUAUCCCUCCCCCUCUCCUCUUCCUCCUCUUUGCACGGUUGGCAUGCCUUGCAUUGCAGCCGGGCAGGGAGCUGCAAUUACACACGCAGGACGGACGUUCAUGCUCUUGGGGUCAUCAGCUACCACGUCCAAAGGCCGGGCAAAACAUCAUGGCGAACGGACAUGUCCUCACUUCUUCGAUGGAAGAAUGGCCGGAAGGCCUCAAUAUGCCACAUGGGGCUUGAAUAGCAGCAGUCGCCGGAUGGGAAAGUGGAUAUUAAGCAAAGAUGUGCUGCCAAUGGAUUGCUUGACGGAGGAAUUCAGGCCGCAAUGGAGGAUAAGAAGAAAUGACGUGGCAUUUAAUUUAUCGCCAGUGGUGGCGUGCGCCACUGAUAAUGCUUUGCCGUUGGUAAACGAAGAAGUCGGGUGGGAUGGGGAGGAAAUGGGGAGGGAGGAGGAGAAGGUGGUGCCUACCUUGGAAGAUUGCUACAAGGCCACAGAAUUCGAGGAAACAGUUGCAACUAAAGAGCUUGUGUGGGGUAGAAGGGUGACGAUGACCAUGACAGGGCUAGUGGGAAUAAUUACAGCGAUGGCGGCAGCGCCUUCUCUGACAGCAUCAGCGGCUGCAGCAGGAACCGAGGCCUCUUCCGCAGGGUUUUCCGCCUCUGACACCCCUGCCUCAUUUACUGCCGACAAGACGACGGCGGUCAUGCCGAGAGCGAUGGCCAUCACCGCAGAGGAGGAGACGCAUGCGAAGGAUGCAUUGCAAGGCUCCCGAUCACAGUCUCCUCCAUCACCAUUGCCGUCUUCAUCAUCUUCCUCCUCUUCUAGGGAAACUCUCCCGAAUAGUUUGCAGGAAGACAGAGAAGACAUUGGGCUGCCGCGGUCGGUGCGCAACAUUCCAGGUGUUGAUUCAACAAUCACAUCCAGGGUGUUUAUGGAUUUCGGGCUGUGUCCGACUGCCACACGAUCUGGUCGCACACUUGGCAACCGUUCAAUAGUCUGUGAUCAGCCGGACGAGCUGCCACUCGGCCGCGUGGUGAUCGGUUUGUACGGCAAACAGGCGCCACAAUCGGUGGCCAAUUUCGUGGCAAUGUGCAAUGGGAGCGCAGGGUCCACGUACGCGGGAACACUCAUCCAUCGCAUCGUUCCUGGGCAGUUCAUACAAGGUGGCAAACUGGGAGCAGCAGACAAGGGGGAGGUUAUGCCACCAUCAAAGCUUAGUCGCAAUCAGGAGUUAGUCAGCCCGUCUGCGUUCAAGCUGCGUCACACACGGCCGGGGACGGUGUCGCUCUGCCUGUCGGUCAAUGAUGACACGGACGCGCAAAGGAAGCGCAUGGAUUACCAGAGUGUGGAGUUCCUAAUAACCACUGGUGCGUACGGAAUUACGUAAUUUUUGUUCUCUAUAAUGUGACCACCAAUUGGUUAUAUCCCACCACACACCACUGGUGAGGCCGGGGGCUUUUCACAGACCGCCGAGCUGGCAUCCGCGUCUGUCUUCUCUCACAGCAGCCACGGGCCUUUCUUUUUAAAUUGUCCCUCUUCGCUCCCAACUUUCUCCCUGCCAUAAGAAGAAGAAAAGUAAUUAACUGUGUGAAUGCCCAGGGCAGCUGUCUACUUUGGCUGGCUAACUUCUUUCACCAACCAAAUUCAACACACGGGCGGCAUUGCACCACUGGACUUAGAUGCUCCUUCCAUGUGUGUAUGAUAUGCGCAUUCCUUCUGCAUGGGGAAAGAAGCUCGACAAAUCUUUGGCGACGUGUGGCUUGGAGGGAAUGUCACCUAUCUCGCCCCUGUGCCCCUUAUCCUUCCCGUCUGCCGGCCAUCAAAAUCCCAAUUUGAAAGCGUCGUUUGCUUCCCCUUCUCCAUCUCCACUUGUGGUUCACUAUCUCGACCAGUUUCCUCUCGUCCCUCUGCCUCCCCCGUUGUUUGUUGUUUUUCCCCUUCUUUUGGAAGCCUCUUCUUCAACUCUUCAGAGGGGUAAACAGUAAAUGACAGAAACGCAC